AUUAAGUUUCAACCUCCAUCUUUAAUGCUCAAAAUAAUGGAGAGAUGAAUACAAUAGUUAAACCCUCCUUCAACUUAAUUUGCACACAUCUCUCAAAAAUAGUUCUCAAAUAUAAUAUAUAUUCCAAUUAAGCAGAGAGAGAGAGAGAGAGAGAGAGAGAUGGGAAAUUUGGUGGGAAAGAGAAAAUUGGUACAUCCAAUUGAGGGGUAUGAAGGAUUGAGAUCAAGUUCAAGGCCUUUGAGAAUCAAAGUAGUGAUGACUAGAAAGCAGCUGAAGAAGCUCAUGGCUAUGGCUGACGAUCUCACAAUAAAUCAUGAUUUAGGCACCUUGAUCUUCCAAGAAUGUUGCCAAGGUAAAUUGGAUACUCGUGUUCUUACUUGUGUUUGAAGGAUUUAGGCUUGGAGGAAGAUUUGAAUUUCUAGCAUAUCUCUUAGUCUUAGUUGUGAGUAUAUAUGUUUCAAUAAGUUGAAUGGUUACUGUUAUAAGUUAUUGUUUUUGUGAAGACUUUAAUUAUGACUUGUAUCAAUAUGGCUCAUGAGCUGAGAGUUAGAGAUUAUUUAAGAUCUUUGUUUUUAUACAUUCAUUAUGAUUCUUGCUUACCAUCCCUUACUUGUAUUAAAAGAGUAUGUUUGUUUCACACAUUUGUUAAGAAGACAUGAUCGAAUUCACACAGUCAAAUUCUUAAAAAGAAAAAAAAAAACUUUUUAAUUUUUUUUAAAAUUUCUUUUUGAAAAUAUUUGGUUGAAAUUGGAUGACAAACAUAAAAGACUUGAGAAAAUGCAAUGGCCAAUGUGUAACAAAAAAACAUAAGGAUAUAUUUAAUUUGUGGAAAAGUUAAGUAUGGUUUUUGUAUUUAUUCUUCUUCUUCUUCUUUAAAAAUUGGUCAAUUUUUUAAGAAUGUUUUUGGGACCCUUUUGCAGGUGAAAACUCAUAAAUGUCUUCAAUGUUUUCACCAAUUUUUUUUGGCUAAUUCCUUUGCAAUUUAAGUUGUUAUUUUUAUAAUUUGAAAGUUCUUCCUACUAAUUAAUUUUUCUGAAUCAUUAUUAUUUUAUUUGAUACACAAAGUUUCGUCUUUUUACUAAGUUCGUUAUGAAACUUUAUUUAUCGUCUUGUUCUUGCACUAUGAUAUAAGCUUUCUAAACAUGGGAAUGUCCUAAAGGAAAGGGACAAAAAUCUAAUAGGUAAAAUAAGAUAGAGCAAAUUUAGCUUUCUCGUUAUUAGUCUAGAUUGAUAACACAUGUUAAUUAGUACAUAAAAUUGAAUUUAAUACAAAAAAUAUUAUACGUUAAAAUUUGGUUCUCACAGAAAGGAGUUUAAGAAAAGAGGCUAGAGAAACAAAAAUACAUAGCUCUAGACAAACAAAAAUAUUUAUAUGGCAUAGGCACAAUGACUUAAAUAUACUUCAUAAAAUAAAGGUCGAAUAAUUAUCGAAAUUUAAUUACAUAUUUUGUUUGGCUUUUUAAAUUUUUAAGUAUCAAAAAGUCUUCAAUAAUAAUAUUGUUAUAUCUCACUAAGUUUAACAUCUUACCUUAACGAAGAUAUGUAUUAUAAAUCGAAUUUAUUAAUACCGAUAAAAGAAAGAGUAUAUGUUUCAAUAUUUAUGAAUUUAUCUUCAUAUAACUAUCAAAGACACUAAUGGAAAGAAAAAGAAUAUUAUGUUCAUACAAAACUAAAGCAUAUGCUUAACCUCAAAAACAAAUAAUAAAAAAUGAAAAUGAUUGAUGGAGGAAAGGAUCCAACGAAAGAAUAUCCUAAUAAUGCUGACUUCAUAUUAUGACCAACUCUAUUCUACAUGGAGAAGUCUCUAAAUUAAUCCAACGACUAGAAUUGAAUUGAAAGUCGGAUUAAUAUUGUUUGAGAUAUGAUUAUCAAAUUUAUGAUUUUAAAGUUAUAAGCAUGUUGUUCUCUUCGAUACAAAUUAAAGAUAGAAAUUUAAACUUUAUUCCUCUUAAUUCUCUCUGCACGUAUAGAUCACAACGAACUAAACCCUUGUUGGAGUACGAUGCUAAUUUGGUUAUGUUUAUUUUAGUUUUAAGUUUACGUGAGUAAUUAAUAAUAAAAAUAAAAAAUAAAAGCAUAUCCAGGUUAUAUCCUACGUGAAUUUAAAAUUUGGAACAUGAUAAAAUAUAUUAUUCUCAUGUUUUGGGGCUUUCAUAGUUUCUUUUUCUAUAAAGAGAAAAGAAAAAGCUGUUUAGUCAAAGUCAAUAUUUGUAAAUUUUGGUUAUUGGCAUAAACAUAUGUUAUAUUAUAUAGUUUAUAUUGUUUCUAAGGAGAUUCCAAUGGAAUCUUCCCUUUUCCUCUCUGUAAUUUUAUGAGUUAUUCUCAACCUAAUGUUCACUCACCAGUACCAAUAUCACAGCCCAUAUUCUCAAAAUUUAAAUACAAUUUUUUAUCCCUUUAAACUUGGGAAAUUUUAGUCAAAUAUGUUCAAUAAAUAGAUGAGAGUUAAUCAUAAUCUACGUCUAAGUUAACAAUAUUAGACAUGUAUUUUGGUAAUUCAAUUAGAUUUCUUUUUUAUAACUUGCGUUGAGAGACUAAAAUGUGAUCUAAUUUUUAUGAUAGGCAAGAAAAAGAAUCGAUAGUUUAAAUUAUUAAGGAUUGAUCGUCAUGUAUUCUAAUUAACUAAUUGAACUAUACAACACAAGAAAACCAUAAUACACCUAAAAAACCAUUUGAAAACCAACCAAUUUGACUAUUGUUAAUGCAUGAUUUUGAAAAGGAAAAAAGGACAAAAAUAUACCUAAAAAAUGCCAUCUAGCCUUUCUCAUAUUAUAAGGUAAAGUUAAUACAAUGAAAUUAUAAAUUAAUAAAAAAAAAAAUACCAACAUUAGGGGAAAAAUCAUAUAUUACAAAUGAGUAAAAAUAUAAAAUUUUCACGAGUAGUUUCUUCCAAACCUAAUUAUAUAAAAAAUGAAGAAUGAAAAAAGAAAAAAGAAAUAUGAUUGGAUAUUAGAAUUGUACGGAACCAAUGAGAAUGAGGCAAAAAAGUGACAGUCCCUCUCUAAUCCCUCAAUACAUCAAUUGUAUCCCAUUUGUUACAAAAAUUAAAGAAACAAAAUAAACCAAUCGAAUAUGCUUUCCUUUUUUUACUUCAAUGACUUCUUUUUAUACUAAAAUUUUCCCCCUAAAUAAAUAGCCACUUCAUCACGCCAAGCAUAUCCUCUUAAUAUUCUUCAAUUCCCCUCUUUCUCUUCAUAUAAACCCCUUUCCCACCUUCCCCCCCUUCUUCCUCCUUUUUUGCCUUUAAUUUCUCCAUAAACCAGAAACAAAAAUUAAACAUGAAGUUUGGGAAACGUCUCAAGCAACAAGUUGAUGACACAUUGCCUGAUUGGCGCGAUAAAUUCCUCUCCUACAAGGACUUGAAGAAACUCGUCCGCCUUACCUCUAACAACGUUGAUGUGAUCAAUAAUAAUGCUGGUGCUGAUUUUGUUUUCUUGUUGAACUCCGAGAUCGAUAAGUUCAAUUCCUUUUUUGUAGAGCAAGAGGAAGAUUUAGUGAUCCGCCAUCGGGAAUUGAGACAGAGAAUAGAGAGAAUUUUGGAGAGUUGGGAUCCACAUGGAAAUGAAAUGGAAAAUCAUAAACAAGAUAUUAGAGAAAUUAGAGAAGACAUUGUGAAUUUGCAUGGUGAAAUGGUGCUCUUACUCAACUACAGCAAUGUUAAUUAUACAGGAUUAGGGAAGAUUCUAAAGAAGUAUGAUAAGAGAACAGGGGGAUUAUUAAGGCUACCAUUCAUUCAAAGCAUACUCCAACAGCCAUUCUACAAAACAGAUUCACUCUCUAAAAUGAUCAAAGAUUGUGAGGUUAGCAUUGAUGCAAUUUUCCCAACCCCAAAACAACAAUUCAACAAUGAAAACAAGCCUAAUAUUUCAGUUGGUAGUGAAGGAAUUUUCAGAAACACAGUUUCAGCUCUACUCAGCUUGGAGGAAAUCAGAAGAAGAAGCUCCACUUAUAGCCAUUUCUCUUUGCCACCUCUUAACUUGCCUGAUUCUGAUCUCAUCCACUCCUUUCAACUCAACUCUCCCAUUCCAAUUCUCUAGUUAUCUUAUUCCUUACUUACUUCCAACACUACAACACAAUAUAUAUAAUACACUUCACUAAUUCCCCACCAAAUAUUUUUACUA